GUGUGAGGUACCUGAACGCGGCCUACGUCACGUAAUGGCGGACCUUGUAAACAGAGGAAAGAGCUCCUCGGAGGCCGAAGUGAAACAUCACUUUUAAAGAUGAAUAACGUGGAGUGUGAGCGGUUAGACAGCCUGGAGGGCUGGGUGGCGGUGAAAAGUAACAUAUUUGAGGAAACGGAGACAUUUCGGCUCGGCUUUAUCGUUCAGUGGAACGUUAUCGAGUGUAAAUUCGCGGUCACCUGCCACAACCGGACGUUACAGCGGCAGAAACGAAAAGCUGAGGUCGCUGCUGUUGGAGACCCUCAGGUGAGCUGGGCUGGUCUCUUCUCUGUGGACGACCUCAAACAUGUCCAUCAACAGUUCACAUGCGUGGCAGACACCCUGGCGGCCUGCUUCCCUGAUUUGUCCGAGUUUGAGGAGAGCAACAUUUGGGAUUUGCUCUUCCUGACUCGGAGGUCGGGUCCUGAAGGCGACGAUGAGAGGGACUUUGACACCCCGUGUAGGAAACUGGAGAAAUAUUUCAGCGCUGCCAUCGACAUCUGCGGGAGGAAAAUAGUCAUGGAGACGUUAUUCCCGCAGGAUGAGCGGGAUGUGGAGGAGUACUUUGAGAAUCUGCAGGAGUUUAAGAGAAAGACCAUGCAGGAGGAGAUGAACAGGGCCAAGGGUUACCUGCGACAGGUGAGGGGGGCUGACACCUGAGCAUAAGGGGGAGUGGGAGCUCAGCCACAGGUGUCUACUUUAGGAAGUGUUUAUCCACUAUGUUGCUGUUUCAUAAGCACACCUGGUUCAAACGAGGUCAGAGGCAUUGUGGUGUCUUUACUUUGUGUGUUAUUGAGGUGUGUCUGAUAUCCUGUAAACAUCAUGCAUUAAAAGUGGCAGUAGGGGAGAGUGGGGUAAGUUGAGCCACCCCCUGUUGCUUGGAAAUGGUAAAAGAAAUUGAUCAUGUUACCAAAUAUUUAGGAGAUGGGCAUCAAUUCAUGGAGUUAGAAUUGGGUUCAGACCAAAAGGAUCAUUUUAAAUUUGUUUUAUACAUCAAUUGGGUAUUUAUGAGCUACAACAUGAGGUCAAAAACCUAGUAUAAAAGUCCACGAUUUUAGCUUAGAGGACUAAUAAAGUCAUAAUAUUAGUUCAGGGGUAAGUUGAGCCAGUGACUCAACUGAGAGAGUAAAGAAGUCUGAUGAGAGGAUCAGAGUUUCAGUUCAGAUUGUUGAAUGUUUUACUUUUUCUUUCCAAAAUACAGCUGUGAAUGUUCUGAAUCACUUAAAGACAUUCUUAUGUUAAAAUGACUUUUUACAAAACAGCUUUUUAGCAGUUAAAUGUAAUAAUAAUAAAAAAGAGUGAUUGUACCAGUUGAAUAGCGUAUAAUAAAAAAAAUACACAUGAAUGUGAAGAAGUGACUGUUAUUUAGGGAGAGAGAAGGUGAGGGAGGGCUGGGGUGGACAGUGGAGGGGUAGUAGGGAUGCAGCUCAACUUACCCCGCUUCUAUGGUCAACUUACCCCAUACACGGGAUAAGUUGACCAUAGGAGACCACUUUUUUUAGCAUGCUUUAUUAUCAAGACAGUUAUGUUUACACUCAUUCUGUUGGUUUGCAGGGAUGGACAACAUCCUGAAAUAUAUGCAGAUACACUAGUUAGAGACAAAACUAUGAUUGCCUUGAUGUAGUGAUCAUGAAUAUGAAAACUGGCUCAUCUUACCCCACUCUUCCCUAAUACAAAUUAAAGACAUGAGCAACACGAUAUAAACUUUUUAAAUAAGAAAUACAUGUCAGUAAAUAUUAUCUUCAUCAAUAUGAAAAUAAACAUGUCUCAUGUGACAUUGAGAUUUACUCUUUGUCUCAGUUUUGAUGUUUAGUGUGUUACUUCAUAGUUGAUGGGUACCCUGCAGAACUAGCACCACACAGUGGCAAACUUUCAUUCUACUAUGACUAAGCAAAAGCUGAAUGUGUAUUUGAGUUUAUUGGAGCACAGAAGUGUAACUUGACAUUUGCUUAUUACACAAACAACACAUUCAGAGAUGCCUGACAGUGAAAUAGAAGCUGAAAACUUAACAUUUGAUUUUAACAGUUAUUAGAUUCAGUGUAAAAAUGCAUCAGCAAAAUCUCUUAAGUAUAAUGAAACACUUGAAAUACAAAACAGUUAAGGUAUUUCAUGCAUUGUCUUGAAUAGAAUAGAACAUCUAACCCUAAUAUAUGCCGUUUUCUCUGUUAUUGUAGAUGAUUUGUGUCAAAAAUUAUUGUUCAGCCUUAUUUUUCUAGAUAUGAUCUUACUCAACCAAAAAUAAGAAGAAAGAAAUAAAAAUUAUAUAAAUUUGCAAUCAAGGAAAAACCUAAAUCAGGAGUUUUAGAGAUUUGUGUGUUUGAGACAUUAAAAGUCACACUAAGCAUAAACAAGACUGCGGGCUUCCCUUUAUAUUUGCAGCUGCUGCAGAGUCAUGGCAUAGAAGACGGGAUGGUUGCGCUGCUCCGCAUCUAUGAAGACGAGGAUGAGGCCUACCAGAACCUGGUCACUGUUGCUACUACCUUCUUCCAGUAUCUGCUGCAGCCUUUCAGGGACAUGAGAGAGCUGGCUUGCCUAUACAAGAUGGAGAUUCUGGUAAAUGUCAACAGGCUUUUAUUUGAUGUCUCUCAAAAGUAGGGCAUAUAAUUUCAUCUUCUCUGGUAACAAAAUUAUACUUUAAGCCAAGUGUAUGUGUACCUGAAAUCAUGUGUAAAGAUGUCCUCUGGUAUCUCACUGUGGUUUUCUACAGAAGUCUUUGGAGUUUGAGGACUUGGGUCCUAAGAGAAUUGCAGCUCUGGAGAAGGAGGCAGAGGAGUGGAAAAUGAAAGCAAAAGAUGCAGUCACCUCGAUUCAGGACAUCACCGUCACCUACUUUGCUCAGACUUCAAAGGCCUUGGCUGGUACGAGUUGUUGUCUUCAUUUCUCUAUUUAUGAAUUGAUGCAUCAAUUAAUUACUUUUGUUUGUCAUUCCUCAGCAUACACAACACACACACACACACGCACACGCACAAAAACACAUUUUAAUGAAUGAUGUAUGGUAACCGGCUUGUUGUUGGAAAGAGUUCAAACGACCCCACCGUCAGAUGAAUCUAAAAAGGUGUGGUGGAGUUUCAGACCUCAUCAAAUGUAAACAUAAAGAAAAGAAUAAUAAACCAGACUGUGUGGGAAGAUCUCAUUAUGCUAUCGAGCAUUUUAAGUGUUGCCAGAAAGAAAACACAUGAGGGAAUAAGGGAAGAGAUCCCUGCUUUCUUCAGUUAGAUUUAAAAAUAUAGAUGUUGGCAGCUGCCUUGUAUGUGGGUGUUGUACGGCUCCCAUUAGAAGCUACAAGCAUUUAAAUAGAUAGACACGCUCCAUGAUGCAGAUGUCUAGAAAUCCUAGCUACAUUUAUGUUGCUUAUAACUCAUUAUUCAUAAUUAUACAUACAUACCUUCAGGUUUGAAAGAAGAGCCUGCUUAGACAAAAAGACAAUCACAUCUGCUACCAAACGGAAAUUUUCAAUCUCUGAACCUUUUUAAAUAAACAAAAGGAUUACAUCAACCUAUGUGAGAUCAUACAAGAGUGUUUUCUUUUGUUUAUCGUGUUUUUUUCUGAUUAAAAUAUACCUGAGCUCCCUGUGACGUUGCCCUAACAGAGCUUUAUGUGUAUAAUCAGGAAUGCUGAAGCAGAUGGAGGAGGAUAAAUGCCGAUUUGGAGCUGCAGCCUGGGCGUCUGCAGCUCCCAGAAUGGAGAAACUACGCUUCCUGUUGGCCAAAGAGACCCUGCAGCACAUGAGAACCACAGAGAUGUGCCUCAGCCGCAAGAAAGACAGCAUCAGAGAGAAGGUGUGUGUGUCUUUUGAUUAAAAAUAAAACCGCUUUUUCUAGCUCUCCUGUCAUUAGUCAGCACUUUCCUCAACAGCGUCUUGGACUCGGUGUUGCGGCUUCAGCUGUCAUUCAGAUCUUUAUAUCUCAGUGCCAAGGCUAACACUGCUUUUGUAGUGGAUGUAAGACUGUAGAGAUGUGACACGGUGCCUGCUUGCUCUAUUUUAUCUUUCACUUGGUAUUCCAGUCUGAUCUGAAUCUCUGGCUGCUAUAGUCCUUUGAUCUAUUUAUAAAGCGUCUCUAAAAACACAGAGAAUCCCCUCGAUACACCCCCCAAAAACCUGCAUUCAUGAAUAAGCGAGUGCGCCUGUGUGUGUCUGAACAUACUCCAAACGUCUCUGCUAUAUGCAUAUCUGUGAAUACAGAUGUCAGGAUCACAGGAUUUUUGGAAAGCUGCAUUAGAGUUCCUGCUUCCUCAAGGUGUCACGCUGUGCAUCUGAGCCUUUUGGAGGACAACAGGGAACACUUUCAGUACUUUCACCUGCAUGUGGUCGCAUUAUUCAUAUGAUUAAGCGUUUUAAGAAAGCAGGUAUGAGGGUGCUGUCAGUGUCUACCACUGUGAAACCUACAUGAGUUCUUCCCCAGACAGCUGUGUGUGAGAGUUUAGAAGGGAUCAGUUAGCUACACCUACGCAGAAUCCCGCAGCAAGGACUCCACUGAGUUCAACAUUUUGCCUGCAGAUGACACAACUUUAGGCUUCCUUAUAUAUACUGUGUGUGCUGUGUUGUCUAAAGAACAAUUCACACAAUGUCACAUCCAAGCAGUGUGAGCAGUGUAUUUGUUUUUGUGAUUAUUAAAGGACAUACCUGUGCUUUGAAUUCAUCAGCUCUAUCGCUUCAUAUCAUGCAUACUUAAUGUUACCGUCUGACCUUGCAGGUAGCUUCUUGUUUCAGCUUAUUUCAUCACUAUUUUGACAAUGAACUUGGGAAGACUUAUCCUCUCAGUUUCCUAUAAUGUCAAAUGAUUUAUUUUCCACCUGAUGAUGCACUUCAGAGCAGAUUCGUCUUAAAAUAAUCGGAUAUGAUUGUGUUCAAGGACUCUGUCACGUCCGGAAUUUACUUCAAUGUCAAAAAGAACCAAAAAUCUGAGUAUGGAGGCGGACAAUAAGAUUCAUAGAUGCGAUAAAAAAAGAAUAAUCCGGAGGAAAUUCUUACACUGAAUAGGUUUUGGUUUGAGGUCUAACAUUCGAGAUACUUUUUCAAAAGCAGCUUCUGUUUGCAUUACCAUCUGAGCUCUGUGUGAGACAUCAACACACCAAGUUUUGAGUCUCUACAAGUUAAACUAAAUUCCAUCCUGGAGUCAAGAUCGGCUGUGUAAAUCAAAACACGAGGAAUGCUCUUAGACGCAGCAUGCUCUGUAUAAACUUUUUAAUUUAUCUGGCUUGAACUAAUGUGUUUUUUUUUUGUUGUGGUACAGAUGGGUAGCCUCUAUGGCGAAGUCAGGAGUGACCAGCAGCAGGACACGGUUGACCAGUUGGAGCUGCAGUUCUAUGAGACCCAGCUAGAACUGUACGACACCAAAUUUGUCAUCCUGAAGCACGAGGAGCAGCUGCUGGUGGCUCAGAUAGACGCCCUGCGGCGGCAGAUCAAAGGUGAACAACACGUGUGGCAGACAGUAGAUUUUUAUCAGCAGCCUUACAUCACUGAGUUAAAGGCUGUGUCGUCCUUGUUCGGUUUAUUGCAAAACACUUGAGCAAUAUUAACUCAAAGAUGUUGAAAGCGUUAUAUAAGCUCAUCCAAAGGUCAUCUGAGCUAAAAUUAAGUCCCUGUUUCUUUGCAUCUUAGCAAAUUUGGCACAGUUGUAAGUAUGCAGAAUUAAGUUAAAGCAAGUCCUCCUUCAGCAGUCUUUGAGUGGUGGAACUGACAGCUUUCACAGGGUUACUUUGUUAUUAAGAAAAGUGUAAAAAUAUGAAGAUUCUUCUCAGGCCUUUUGUCAAGUGUCGUGGAUCGAUUGUGGGUGGAUUUGUGGAAGUAAACAGCAAAGAAAAUCUGAGAUAAUCUUAAUGCAGAAGUCUCUCUUACUGUAAACGGGCACCAAGUUUCCCUGAUGUGGCCUCAGUUCUGGUUAAUCACAGUGGUCAAGAAUGUGUUUUCCCCUCUCAGUUUAGAUGCCUGCAUGGGUUUUAGGUUUAGGUACGAUGUCACUUUUUGGGGGGUUUAUGAAAAUGUUGAGCCCCCCUGUUUGACUGUAUUUUUUACUUUAUUUUGUUUUUAUUUUUAUUUUUAUUUUUAUUUUAUUUUAUUUUGUUUCAUUUUAUUUUAUUUAUCUAUUUAUUUAUUUUUUUAUGUUUUUUUUAUGUAUUUAUUUUUAUCUAUUUUUUUAUGUUUUUUUUUUUAUUUGGUGUAGCUCAUUUAAUCAGUUUUAUAGUGUAAUGUAACUUGACAUUGCACUUCUUAUACAGUAGAAUCAACUCCUCUAAGCUUCAAUUUAAAGUCACGGCCACAUUAUGUGAAUGCAUUACUUAGAAUCUCAUGCUCCUGGAUUAUGAAGUGCUGGGGUGUCUGUUUGUGUGGUCACUCGGUGUUUUGUGCACAGGGUUUACUUUCAGGGAAUAUUUUGCACAUCUACAUAUUUCCCUAAUUGUACCUCCUGGGACUUGACGGAUGUUUGCCUCUGAGUGGUGUGUGUGUGUGUGUGUGUGUGUGUGUGUGUGUGUGUGUGUGUGUGUGUGUGUGUGUGUGUGUGUGUGUGUGUGUGUGUGUGUGUACACACUGCAUCUGUGUCCGCAGUGAAUUUGGCUGAGGUUGUUACCCUCACCUUGGCUGGUUUCCCGACGUAAAGGCAGCAAGGUGUCGUCUUCCUGAAGCAGAAUAGGAAAACAGGAGGACAGGGAAAUUCAUGAGAUGAGCACAUUUUAAAGAAGGCUGCUGAAUUGAUGGAGCCUGUGUUAUGAUUUUAGAGUUAACAAACCAAAAGACGGACUCAUCAGGAGUAGGAGAGGACUUUUCUAACACCCUUGCCCUGUGUGAAUAUGCAGCUCUGUUGUCAAUAUUUCUGCUUUAACACCUACUGUUGCACCAUGAUGCUCUCUUACAUAAGCCUCGUCACGCACAAAUGGUUCACAAACUAAGCUUAGAGGUGACAUCAUGCAGGAAUAGACCUGCAUUAACGCCUUUUUCUUAACCUGAUGGUCCAUAGUUUUCAUCUCCAGAAGUGUGUUUACACCCAUGAAGAGAAAUAACUGUACACACUUUUCAAGAGCAGCUCAUGUUUAUGUUCCUGAGGAUUCAGAUUUGUAUUAGUGGGUAAAAACAGGUAACAGGAAAGUUUGGCUGACUACACUGUGGAUGUUUUUCAGAGCUGAAGGACGAGGUGGUGUACUACGACGUGUGUGAGGAUCCAGAAGAGCUGCAUAGUUUGUUCCACACAAGUGUUCACCAAACAGACCCUCCUGCUGUCAGUCAUCUCAAAAGACAACUACAAAACCUGGAAACCAAGAGAGGCAACAUCUGCGCGCGGCGAGCUUAUCUUCGCAACAAAAAGGUGUGUGUAAACACCGGGGAGGAUGUAGAUGAACUUUUAUGAAUCAUUUCAGUCCUUUUUGAAGUCAGAAACAAAGAUUUGAGGAAAGUGCAGCAGAACUUUUUCACUUUUGUGCGAUGAAAUAUGGAUCAAACAAGCUAUCCAUUAAUUAAAACUAACUUACAGAUUGUUCAAUGGUUAAGAGAACUGCAGAAAGAAGAUAAGGGGACUUUCCUCCCUGUCUGUGUCCUAAAAGUCUUUUAUCGCUGAGUUUUUACUUGAGAGUUUACAUCUCUGUUUUAUUUUUAGCUGACAGAGUCGUUUAAGCACAGUUGGUGCAGUUGGCAUUUUUUCCUGUUGCUGGCUGCAAGGUAAUUUGUCUGUUUUAAAAAGACUUUAGUGAGAGGAGAGGAGUCCCCCUGGUAAGCGACUCCAACAAAUCACCCACAGUAAUCUACAGAGAAAAAGGAUCACAUGCAUGAAUAUUUAACAAAGCAGGAGAAAAGAAGCUGUCCGAUUAACUGAAACAUGAUAAGCCUCAGUCUCAUCAGCUCUUCUACCUUUGAAGCAUCUAAACACCAUGUUUUUCCCACCAUGGUGUGUAAAUUACAAACUGCUUUUGUAAUUUUUGAUGCAUCAUGUGUUUUUAGGAUCAAUGUAUGGAAGCCAAUGAGCAGAAACAGCAAUCAGCUAAGCACAGCUCCAUUCUCUACAGCCAGCAUCAUCAAGUCCACCUGGUAUGUCACUACGGCAACGACACUGCCAACAGAGAUAACCCUACAUCACAAACACCGCAGCAUGUCCGACUCUUCUCCCUGUCAGGGUCUUUCACUGUCUCCUUCUUUUGUCUGCAGAAGCGAGAGCGGAAAAAAGAGGAGGAGCAGAAGAGGAAGGAGUGGGUGGACCAGGAGCGAGAGAAGACUCUGAGCAGAUUACGAUCCUUCAGAGAGGUCAGACUCUGUCACUCGCUCUGCAGCGGCUCCUCUUCCUCUAGCCCCUAUAGAAAACCUUUACUUCAUGUACACUUUAUUCACUCACUCUCCUCAGAAAUUAAAUCUAGACGACCAACUUUUAAAACGUGAUUUUUGUUAGGUUUUAUUAAGUUACAUGUCCAUCUGCGCUUGAUUUAAUGUGCUGCUGUGCCAACUAUCACCGGUACAGUGGAGUGCUGAUACUGCAUCAACGCUUUCUUUACUCACCUUAAGUACAGUAAUAAUCAUCUUUUAUGAAGGGCUACAAAGGCAGAAAAAUAAAACUGAAAACUCGUUACAAUUUAAAACUGUCAUGAUUGGAACUGUGAAAAAAUUCCGAUCCCUCCAGAAAGUUCCUUAAAUCAGUUUUUCUACAUGCAUGGAAGCCGUUCUGUCCCACUGUCUGUUGAAUUUCAAUGCCAGCGCUCACCUAUUUCUGCUCAGUGAGGCACUCAUUUAUUGAUAAACCAUCAAACAAAACUGAACUUUUGCAUAAAAAGUGUCAUAAAGUCCUUCAAAAGAAAUCUAAGAGACUGAUGGAGAGUAUGCUGUAAUGAAAAAUCAGGGUUACUCCACCAAAUACUGAUGUCUGAACACUCCCUAAGUUAAAAUAUCAGUAUUCAGUUGUUGUAACAUGAACUUUUUUUUUCACCUCUUUAUAAUUCCCCAAAAACUGCCUCUCAGUUUGUUUUUUAACUUUGAAGAACAGCUGCUGUCUCUUCACAUGCAUCCACCUAUUGGCUGUCAGGAGCUUUCAAUCAUAUCAUGACCUUUGUCAGCAUGUAGGUUUUCUUACUUCUGUUUGAGGGUUUCUUGUUCAUGUUUUCUUUCAUCUCUUGACUCAAAAUUUAAAGAAAUUGUUGAGGUUAGUUUUUGUGUAUUUCUGUUGGCUAAGACUAAGACGUAGAUGAUCAAAUAUCUGGUGGAACCCACACCUGAACAAGGUCUGAGUUUCUUUUCUUGUCAGACUGUUUUGUGCUCUGAUUAAAUUUAUGAAUUGUGUUCUUGAAAUAAACGUCACAGUCUUGUCCGUCUGAAGUGCAUUAGGAGGAUUCUUAACUGUGUUUGUGUGUCUCCCUCUGCCACAUCAGUUUAAACUCAACUCACUGUGGGACCUUUUUGAAACAAAAGAAUUAGAUCAUACUGCUGAGUGGGCGUCGUCUUGUGUCUUCGCUGUCUCUCUCAGGAUGAAGUCCUUAUUUCUGAAAGCUUUUUUUUUUCCCUCCUCUAAAUUCUUCCUCCAGAAGCGACAGGGCCAGUUCAUCCUGAAGACUCCUCAGUCCAGGCUGUCUCCUUCAGAUGUCACAUGUCCCUCCCAGCCGCUGUCAAUCAUCAGCAUCGGCCCUUCAGAAGGACCCCCCUCCAUCCGUCCUGCGCGCAGACGAAACAAAGCACCUAAAAAACAGCAGCCGAAAGAGAUCCCUGUCCAAAUCUACUCUGCACCACCACCUCCUCCUUCGACAACCGGUCCUCCUGCACACCCUCCUCCUCCUCCUCCCCCACCACCACCUCCGCCGCCUCCACCUCUGCCACCUGCAGUACCUCCUCCCCCUCCUGUCCAUGCCUCACCUCGCUCUGAGGACGCCCCUCUGCCUCUCAGUGAAAAAGAGGACCCUCCUUUCCCGGCUAAGAACACACUCAAACAGAAUAUAGGUGAGAGUUAAGACACAUCCAGACAAACUAACUUUUCAUGUGUGUGUAAUAAACACAAGUCAAACUGCGGGAUUAGAAAAGAACAUUUAGAUUUUUAUUUAUCAAAAAAAAAAAAAAAAAAAAAAACACAAUUCAGAUGGAGCUGGUUGUGUGAAUUUGUCUGACUGCAGGGAGGGUUGUGUGUGUGUGUGUGUCUGAACACAGUGUUCUGUCCUGAAUUUCCAACUUCCCCCGUGAGGCCAGAGGAGGCAUUUUACAUCAGUUACGGUCCUGCUGAUGCGCACACUCAGCUCCAGGGAGUCUCAAACAUCCAACACAGCAUCUCCGAAUAUGUGUUAUCGCUUUUUUCUGAAAUGGGGGUCAUUCAAGAGGAAGAUAUGUGUUGAAAUUUUGCACCGGUGAAAACCUUGGAGAGCUCAGUGCAGACUACUUUGUUGUGAAACUUAGGAGAUCAUUUUUCAGCAGCAAAAUUAAAAACAACGCUCUAAAAUUCAGCGCCUCCUCUCACGCUAAAACUGUCUGUUUCUCUUUGUUGUUGUUGUGUUACUGUAGGAACAAUGGAUGAAGUGCUGGCCUCAUUGCAGCGUGGACAGAUCCAGCUUCGUAAGGUCCCAACUCCCAGAAUGGGCCCCCUUGCUGAGGACCCGAGGAGCUCUUUGAUGUCUGCCAUCCGACAAGGAGUCGCUCUUAAGAAGGUGAGAAAACUUGUUAAAGCCCAAUGUUUGAUGAGGAAUCAGUCAGGAUGGUUGAUUAUCUAAUAAAGUCUUUAUGCAAGUAAACUUCGCUGUUAAAGUCAGGCUGGAGAGGUCAUUAAGUAUUGAAAGAUUGAUUGACAGUCUUUUUAGUGGAGCUGUUAACAUCAGCAAAAAAGAGUAGAAGAGGUCCAGCCUUAUUACCAUUGUAGAAGAAGAGUUUGAUUUUAGCAUCUGUGGUUUAAGAGGAUGCACAAAUCAAAGCUGAUAGCUCAUAAAUACACAGGUUUAAGGGGGAACUACAAAUUCAGUCUGAAAGAGAAAUCACACUAAUUACUUCUCACCAGUUGAAUUUCACUUCAAACUUAGAGCAGCAGAUUUCAAUAACUCAUAAUUAAAAAACUUACUUUUACACUAAAACUGGUGUGUCUUUGUUAGGAUUUAUACACUGUUGAAUUUCAAAAUGUUUAAAAAGUUUUAAGAAAAAGAAGAACUUCAUUGAUCCCCAAAGGAAAAUUCAAUUGUCUGUAGUCUUAUUUGUUGUGUCUCAAAAUCAUCUACUUUACUGCUUUAGUGGACUUUUGAAAACUUUUUAAGGAUGGGGGAACAUUUGCUUACUUGGUGUUUGCGUCUAAAGAAUAAAAAUACAUUCUACAGGUCUCUUUGCAGAUGAAGUAUGUGCCUAGAAUUGAGUUUGCCUUUCACUUGCAUUAAAAAAGUAUUGUUGCUGCUUUUCUCUUUAGGGGUCCUGUCAACCCCUGAAUAUUUGUCAGAGAGUCAGUGUGUACAAAAUUAUUCUCUAGAAACCUUUGAUAAUGUUACUUAUUGAAAAGUAGCUUUUGUUUCAGCUCUCAGUUACAUGCUUUUUUAAAACUCACCAGAGGAUUAGUAAAAAUGCUUUACACUUAAAGACCCACUCUGAUGAAAAUCAUGUUUUUGUUGUUUUUUAUACGUUCAUAUGACAUUUUUCUGGUGCUACAGGACAUAUGAGAAAACUAAAUUCUAAAUUGCUUUCCGAGUAUUUCUUCAUUCAACUCACUGUGAAAACGAAACACCGCAGACCCAAACAGCAGGUUCAGAAACAGUGAGAUUUCAUACGUAACCACUCCAAGCUCUGCCACCAGAGCCCCGCCAUGCAGGCCGCACUCUGAAGAUAGAGUAACUCGAUUUUAGCGAUUUUGGCUAAAAACUUCAAAAUCACAAUUUUAAAGACCAGUGAGAAGUAGAAAAAAUGAUCGGAUUGGGACUUUCAACUGCAUUCAUACUUGAUCACAUCACUAAGGCGAAUUUAAAAACAACCUUCUCUGGUGGAGGUCAUUCUUGAGGUACUGGAGUUCCUGUACUCUGGAGUUGUUUAUGAUCUUAGUGCUUAUGGUAACCCUUACAGAUAUAUCAUAAAUGCUCUGAUGUAUAUUUGUGUUUUGAAACCAUGUCUGCUCUCUGUAAAAGAAAAGUUCCAUGUAUAUACAUCUAUCACGUGCAACCCGGGUGAAAACUCGUAUUAAGUCGACUCUCGUCAUGCUGCAGGUGGUUCCGGCACGUGCUGAAGUCCUGAGCAGUGGAGACACUGAGCUGGAGCGCAGCAUCAAAGCGGCUAUGCUGAGGAUGAAGAAGGUGGCAGCCGACUCUGACGAGGAGGACAGAGGAGAGGAGGAGAUGCAGAGUGCAGACUGGGACAGCUGAGGGUGCACACACACUGACAGACACACACACACACACACACACUCUUACAGAUGAAGCUGUCCUUUGGAUUACCCCCUGCUGCAUUUCCUGAGCUGCAGCUUUUAACACUGCCAAGUUUUGCCAAAAAGUUUCUUCUUCUUCUGUCAGAUGAUGGGUUUACUCCUCCUUUUAUUGCAGCAUUAGAGCUUGUCUUAGCAGUCCAAUAAUAAUAAUCAUAUUUCUCAUAUUUGAAAAUAGCCCUUAGAUGUUGUAAUACAUCCAAAACUACUCAAAUGAGAACCAGGAUUUAUUUCCCUCUAACGCAACAGAAACUCUAAAAUUGAGCAAAUGAGGCGUUGUGCUGCAGCGCUCAUUAAGAAGAAAAGGCGAGCAGUGCUGUAGUACAAAGUGUGUAAAUGACUGAAUCUCUCCCAACUCUGCAUCUGACGGCCUUUAGUGAGCCUGUCACACAGCAGGGGAAGCCCGAGCUGCAGGCAGAGACAACCGCACUACACGACUCCACUGUCACUAACACUAAUUUUACUGCAGCACUGGGUCGAAACUCAGCAGACUUCUAUUAUUCAGAAUGUAGUGAACUGAGCUCAUGUAUUUGUAGCCUCGUUUUUCCCAAUAAGGGCUUUAGUAGUUUUUGCAUUUUAUUGCAGAACUAAAGAACAUUUAUGUCCUGAGGUGCAGCAGUGUUAAUUAUUUACAGCCUACAUGUCUAAAGUCUGCGUCAUUGUUAGUGUUUCAGGCUGUUCGAUGCACUGUUCUGUCCGUGUUUACUUUAGCGGAGACUGUGAGAAUGUGUUGGGCUUAAUUAAGGUGCAAUUUCAUGUAUGAUCUGUUACUUCUUAAUGCCUUUGUGAUGUCAUAUCAAAGCAAAUAAUGCCAAUUAUUUUCAAUAACCAAUACCUUCGUUUGAAUAUAGGAUGACUCGAUACAUAUCGCUCUCUAAUCAGCUUACAGACUUAUGUAGGGGAAAUGUGCACUUAAUUUCUUUAUACCUGUGACACAAAGCACUUGACUUACCUGAACUUCCACAAAGAUGAAGUAAGGAUGGAUUAAAAUAUAUGCUGUAUGAUAAACAUGUAACAGUUUGAAUGGUUAAUUCCUGCAGUUUCGCAGCAUUUGAAUCUGCAAAGUAACAUAAAAGUGUGUGAGGGAUGAGCUCAUGAUGUCUGCGGCUCACACAUACAAAGUUGUACUGCUGUGUUUUUUCAAUAAAGACACAAGUUUGAUGAUAA